AUGAAGACUCUUUCGGGACGUUGUGAAUCAUCGAAAGCGAUAUCACUUUCCAAAGCUACCAAAAUCCUCUCCAAAUUUGUCUCCGCUGACAAUGGUGCUUCACAAGUCAUCAAUGCCUAUCUCCAUCGUGCUUCGGAUGCUUUCACUGAGCUCAACCAGCUUCAUAGGGAGCUUAAACUAUCGCAGUCUCGUAGGAAGAAAAGCCGAAGCUGCAUAACAGAUGAUAGUGGGAGAGUAGGUGAAAGUUCUGUUGUUACGAGUGUUGAUGUGAAAUCUGAAUUCGGGAUUAUAAGGGAAAACAUUCGUGGUGAUGAAAAGUCGAUUGAGAAUGAUGUUAAAUUGGGUCGAGAGUUUAAUGGUUCUGUUGUGGGUGGAAGUGAAAAGCGUAGUAAGAAAGAUAAAAAGAAGAGUGAAUUUGGGGAUAAGGAAGGUGAUGAAAAACUACUGAAAAAAGAGCAAAACGAAAAUGAAUUGGGUCGGGGAGAUGAAGGAAUGGAGGAGGGAAAGAAACAGAAAAAGGACAAGAAGAAGAAGGACAAGAAUUUAGAACGUGAGAGUGCGAAGGUACGAGAACAACAGAAAGAGAUAGAAGCAAAGAUAAGUAACAAUGGAAAAGUAGCUACUAGGGUGAAAAAUGAAAUCGAAUUAAGUCAGGGCGGUGAAGGAGGAACGGAGGAGGGAAAGAAGCAUAAAAAGGAGAAGAAGAAGAAGAAGGAGAAGAAUCUAGAAGGCGAGAAUGCAGAGGAACAAAAACAACAGAACGAUAUAGUGAAAAAGAUGAACAACAAUGUGAAGGUUGAGAAUGGAGGGCUGGUUGUUCCUCAGGAUAUAGAAGUUAGAUCCAAAAAGAGAUAUGAAGCAGGGAGUGAGAAUAAAUUACAUGCUGAAGAGAUAAAGACAGAGCAAAGGAAGAAGAAGAAGAGGAAGAACGAAGAUGUGGAAGAUAGAUCUGAGGAACAAUCUAAGAAGAAAAUGAAAAGGAAACAUGAUGAGGGUCAAGCUUAA